UUGUGGUUUACUCUUAUCCCACACUAUGAUCUUUAGGUCCCUUUUCCCUUUGAUUUAUAGAGAGCUUUUCAAUGACAAAUAUUGCAUGCUAUUACGGCAAACAUCCCCCACUUCUCUUUUGAUGCUAGUUCUCAAUUCUUGAAUUCUACUUAGGAUAUAUUUUGAGGAUUCUCAUUAUGGCUGGAAAAUUUAGGAAAUGCAUGCUACUAUGUUGUUCAAGAAAGUCUCUCAAUCAGGUUACAAAAAUGGCAGAUUCAUAUGAAGAUGCCAUUUCAGGAUUGAAAAAGCUUCUCAGUGAGAAGAAUGAGCUGGAAGACUCAGCUGCGGCGAAGAUACGGCAGUUGACGGCGGAGCUCGAAGGCGCCGGCGGGAAAAAGUCUGACCCGGAUGAGAAGAUCCGAACCGGUUUUGCACAUUUCAAGGCAGAGAAAUAUGAGAAAAACCCGGAAUUGUAUGGACAGCUUGCCAAAGGUCAAAGCCCUAAGUUCUUGGUAUUUGCCUGUUCUGAUUCUCGAGUAUGUCCAUCCCACAUUCUCAAUUUCGAACCAGGGGAAGCUUUUGUGGUCCGUAAUAUUGCCAACAUGGUCCCUCCUUAUGACCAGACAAAAUAUUCUGGAGUGGGUGCAGCAGUCGAAUAUGCAGUUGUCCACUUGAAGGUGGAGAAUAUUUUGGUGAUUGGACACAGCUGUUGUGGAGGUAUUAAAGGGCUAAUGUCUAUUCCUGAUGAUGGGUCCACCAACAGCGAUUUCAUUGAAGAAUGGGUGAAAAUCUGUUUAACAGCUAAGGCAAAGGUAAAGGCAGAAUGUUGCGAUAUGGAUCCCACUGAACAAUGUACAAAAUUGGAGAAGGAGGCUGUGAAUGUAUCAUUAGGCAACUUAUUGACAUAUCCAUUUGUGAGAGAAGCUGUGGUGAAUAAAAGCAUUGCACUAAAAGGUGGACACUAUGAUUUUGUGAAUGGAUCCUUUGAGCUAUGGAAUAUAGACUUCAAACUUACCCCUUCUGUUUCACUCUAAACUAUUGCAAAAUUACAAAUUUUCAUGUAACCAAUGUAAUUGUGUUUCAAGUUUUUUUUUCUCUUUACUUUGCACUUUGAUGUAAAAGUAAUGCUGAACAACAAUGUGUGUCAAAGAAAUAAUGUUAGCUGGCUGUUUGAGCUU